GUGGCCAUCCCCGAGGAGCGGGCCCUGGUGUUCGACGUGGAGGUCUGCUUGGCAGAGGGAACCUGCCCCACGCUGGCGGUGGCCAUAUCCCCCUCGGCCUGGUAUUCCUGGUGCAGCCUGCGGCUGGUGGAAGAGCGUUACUCUUGGACCAGCCAGCUGUCGCCGGCUGACCUCAUCCCCCUGGAGGCCCCCGCCAGUGCCGGGCAGGAGCAGCUAGUGGUGGGGCACAACGUCUCCUUUGACCGCGCCCACAUCAGGGAGCAGUACCGGAUCCAGGGCUCCCGCAUGCGCUUCCUGGACACCAUGAGCAUGCACAUGGCCAUCUCGGGGCUGAGCAGCUUCCAGCGCAGCUUGUGGAUGGCGGCCAAGCAGGGCAAGCACAAGGCCCGGCAGUUCACACAGCGAGCCCAGAAGUCCCAGGGCAAAGGCAACGGCCCAGCGAUCUCCUCCUGGGACUGGCUGGACAUCAGCAGCGUCAACAACCUGGCGGACGUGCACGGCCUGUACGUGGGGGGGCCGCCCUUGGAGAAGGAGUCCCGCGAGCUCUUUGUCAAGGGCAGCAUGAAGGACGUCCGCGAGAACUUCCAGGUAUGGGGGUGCAGAGGGCUCCGGGGAGCGGGGCCCCGGUGUUUGCGCCCAAGGUGUCCCCACCCGGUGACGCUGGCCGGCAUGCUGGAGAUGGGGGUGUCCUACCUGCCCGUCAACCAGAACUGGGAGCGCUACCUGGCGGAGGCGCAGAGCACCUACGAGGAGCUGCAGCGGGAGAUGAAGAAGUCGCUGAUGGACCUGGCCAACGACGCCUGCCAGCUGCUGUCGGGAGAGAGGGACAGUGAGGAGGAGGAGCUUCAGCGCGCUGUCACAGCCCGCGCCUGCUUGGAGCAGCUGAAGGGGACCACGGAGCUCCUGCCCAAGCGGCCCCAGCACCUUCCUGGACACCCUGGGUGGUACCGGAAGCUCUGUCCCCGGCUAGAUGACCCUGCGUGGACCCCGGGCCCCAGCCUCCUCAGCCUGCAGAUGCGCGUCACACCCAAGCUCAUGGCCCUGACCUGGGACGGCUUCCCCCUGCACUUCUCAGAGCGGCACGGCUGGGGGUACCUGGUACCCGGGCGGCGGGACAACCUGGCUAAGGUGCCAUCGUCGGGGGUGGCCUGCCCCUACAGAGCCAUCGAGUCCCUGUACGGGAAGCACUGCGCCGAGCAGGGGAAGGGGAAGGGGGGAGUGGGGCAUGGUGUGCCCAGCUCUCACCCAGGCCGGCCUGGGCUGUCUGCGUGCCGCAGGGAGGGGCUGGUGGAUUCCGGCCGACCAGCCUCCUGCUUCACUCCCUUGGUACCUGGGCCCAUCCAGGUGGAAGAGCUGGGCUGCUUGGAGGUGCAGGAUGAGGCCAAGGCGGACAACUCGGAGGCGGCAGUUCCGGGUCAGCCCCCAGCUCUGACUGGGGCUGGCGGCCCCAAAGCCAGCCAGCCAGCCUAUCACCACGGCAACGGACCCUACCACGACGUGGACAUCCCCGGCUGCUGGUUCUUCAAGCUGCCGCACAAGGUGUGUGUCCUGGUUCGCGCCCGUCCGUGUCCUCGUGGUGGUGGCUCAGCCCACGAGACCGCCCCCUCGCAGGAACGGCGGACCCUGCAGGCAGGCCCGGGAGGCGCCAGCGGGCCCCGGGCCUUGGAAAUCAACAAGAUGAUUUCUUUCUGGAGGAAUGCCCACAAACGGAUCAGCUCCCAGAUGGUGGUGUGGCUGCCCAGGUCGGCUCUGCCCCGUGCUGUGACCAGGCACCCAGAUUACGAUGAGGAAAACCGCUACGGGGCCAUCCUGCCCCAGGUGGUGACGGCCGGCACCAUCACCCGCCGGGCCGUGGAGCCCACGUGGCUCACCGCCAGCAACGCCCGGGUACGUGGCCCUGCACCCGGGUCCCUGCCCGUCCUCUCCAACGUGGCUAGAAACGGGGGUUGCAAGGGCCUUCAUCCCUCCGCCCUGUUCCCAGGCUGCACGGCCUUCGGCUGGAUGACCCUGCAGGGCCGCAAGAGCAGGGGCACCGACCUGCACAGCAAGACGGCCGCCACCGUGGGCAUCAGCCGCGAGCACGCCAAGGUCUUCAACUACGGCCGCAUCUACGGGGCUGGGCAGCCCUUUGCCGAGCGCCUGCUCAUGCAGUUCAACCACCGCCUCACCUCCCAGGAGGCAGCCGAGAAGGCCCAGCAGAUGUAUGCCGUCACCAAGGGCCUGCGCAGGUAUCGGCUGUCCGAUGAGGGCGAGUGGCUGGUGAGGCAGCUGCACAUCCCCGUGGAGAGGACCGAGGACGGCUGCGUUUCCCUGCAGGAUCUGCGCAAGGUCCAGAGGGAAGCUUCGAGGAAGUCCCGCGGGAAGAAGUGGAAUGUGGUUGCGGAACGUAUGUGGACGGGGGGCACGGAGUCAGAGAUGUUCAACAAGCUGGAGAGCAUCGCCACGGCCGACGAGCCACGCACCCCGGUGCUGGGCUGCCGCAUCAGCCGGGCCCUGGAGCCCUCGGUGGCUCAGGGGGAGUUCAUGACCAGCCGGGUGAACUGGGUGGUGCAGAGCUCCGCCGUGGACUACCUGCACCUCAUGCUCGUGGCCAUGAAGUGGCUGUUCGAGGAGUUCGCCAUCGACGGGCGCUUCUGCAUCAGCAUCCACGACGAGGUCCGCUACCUGGUGCGCGAGGAGGACCGCUACCGUGCGGCCCUGGCCCUGCAGAUCACCAACCUGCUGACCAGGUGCAUGUUCGCCUACAAGCUGGGCCUCAAUGACCUGCCCCAGUCAGUUGCCUUUUUCAGUGCCGUCGACAUUGACCGGUGUCUCAGGAAGGAAGUGACCAUGGACUGUAAAACCCCCUCCAACCCGACGGGGAUGGAAAGGAGAUACGGGGUUCCCCAGGGCGAAGCGCUGGAUAUCUACCAGGUCCUGGAACUCACCAAAGGCUCCCUGGAGAGGCGCGGCCGGCCGGGCCCGUAGCCGCCGAGGCGGGCAUUGCUCCCGUGGAGCUCACCGGGUGCGCGGCGCCCACACUCAGGCUUUCGGCUGCGCGUUGCCAGGGAGGCCCGCCUGUCACAGAAGGUGCAGCUGAGUUCAACGGGUUCAGAAACAAGAGGCCGACGUCGGUGCAGGCUGUCGGACCAGGGGCCGUGCUGCUGGUCGGGUAAACAGGAAGCAGAAGCCCCAAAGUGCACAUUAACUCAGGCAUUUCGUUUCUUUUCUCCUUUUCUUCUUGGCGGGUUCUUUGUUCUGUUCUCCGUGCUCUGACGUGGUGUCCUAGAAGGAGAAGGGGACCACCCUGCUCAGAGGCCCGGAAAUAAACAGAUCCUUUAUCUUCUCA